AUGGGUGCCAGCUAUGAUCUUCCACACGCUGUGUGUGUUUUAUUACAGAUUUUCCUGCUUGCCUGCCCACCGUGUAAAGCUGCCCUGAUCGUCUUCAGGUUACAUGUGCACAUGCUGAAUGGAGCCCUGCUGGCACUGAUCUUUCCUGUCGUCAACACCAGGCUGCUCCCCUUUGAAACCGAGGUGUAUUACAUUCAGCACGUCCUCCUGUACAUCGUUCCCAUCUACCUGCUGCACCAAGGCGGUGUGUACAAGGCAGAGCCCUUUGGGGACAUGUGGUGGGCUGUGCUGGCCACAGGGUUGCUGUUCUUCUAUCACUUCACACUGCUGCAGACCUUAGCCAUGGUGACCCAGGUGAACCUGAACAACAUGCUGUGCCCGGCUGUCUCGGACCCCUUCUAUGGCGCCUGCUACCGGAUCUGGGCGUCCAUCCACCAGACUGCACUGUUACUGCUGCACGGGAAGGUGCUGACCGCACUGGCUCAGGCCGUGCCCCUCACCCGCCGACCUUUGAUGGAAGCCAUGAAGACCCCCCUGAAAAAGGCAGAGUGAGCGGAGACAUAUCCGAGACUCGAGACCCGGCUUCAGACCUCCGACCCGACCGGCAAGGACAAUAACAACUUGCGGAGCCUUCACCCGGGACAGCGUCUCGGAGUCUGAUGCUGAGCCGGGGCAAGGUGAACGGAAGCACGGUCGAAGAGGAAGAUCUUCAGGCACGAUCGAAAAGCGGGUAAACAACCCCAACAAAAGACAUUUACACAAGGCCUUUCGUGUCGGAAGUACGUCCAAAGGCACUGCACAGUCAGACCCAAACUGGGUGUGGAGAGUAGUGAGGGUCGGGGUAGGAGGGUGAUCGAAGGCAUGGUGGAAGAGGGUCUUGAGACGUGCC